GGGACUCUCAGCUCCACGGUGCCUGCUUUGGUAAUAUAAUUCUGGACGAACAGAUAAUUUACAGAGAAUUAUUGCCUCUGAUACAGGGUGCCAUAAGGAAGUUCUGCUGUGCCUGGUUAGUCAUUAACCCCCCCCAUCGAGACUUUACACCCAGGAAGAGCAGAUGGACAGGCUUUCAACACCACUUGCAGCAAACCGAGGAAAAGGAUCAGGGACUUCAUAAUCUGAGGAAGAAGUCAGAUAAAGAUGAGUGAUAUCUCAGAGGAUGAGAAUGAAAUCACGUUCACUGUGAAGUUUCUGGGUCGAGUGGAAGUGUAUCACUCCGAAGGACUGCAGGUUUUGACCGAGGCAGCAGAGGUGUUGAAGUCACAAGACAAGGGCAUAGAGAAGACAAAGAAGAGGAACAAGGUGUCUCUGUUUCUGUCUGUGAGCGGAGUUGACAUCCUGGAGCACAAGACCAAGUUCAUGCUCUACACCUGCCCCCUCUCCUCCAUGUCCUUCUGCGGAGUGCACCAGACCAAGCCCAACGUGUUCGGCUUUGUGGCCAAGCACCCGGCUGCCGACAUGAACCACUGCUACCUGUUCCAGAGCAAGAAGUUUUCCCACCUGCUGGUGUCCGUGAUUGGGGACGCGUUCCAGGCCAGCAGGAGAGACGAGGCGGUCAGUGGCCACAGAGACCUGGUGGUGGAAGCUCUCCGGCACAAGAAUAAGGUUCUGCAAAAGGAAAACAAGGAGCUGAAGAAGAGACUCGCGGCACUGCUGGGGACGGGAGCUGAGAGAGGAGAUUCACACGUGUAAAAGUUAAUGCUGAAGAGGACAGCGCCCCUUUGGUGAGAAAUGCAUACAUUCAACAGAAGGAGUGAAGAAUGAAACUGGAAUAACCCAAAUAAUGCUGAAAUGCAGAAACCCUGCACCUGUACCAAAGACUUCUCCCAGUUCUGUACAGACCUGAAUGCUAAACAUGCAUUCUUAUUCCUCAUGAGAUCAUGGUACUGGAAGCUGUUCGAUUUUGAAAUGUUGAAAAGUCAGUUUAUUUGAAUUUAAAGUACUAGAAUGACAGCUCUCCGACUGUGUGUAAAGUUUUUUUCCUUGUAAAGGUUUUAACAUUCAGGUUGUCCAUUUACUUGCACUGCAAUCAGCACUUUGUAUAGGUUGUGCUGGUGUUCGUUGGCAUGUGGUUCUUGUUUGUCACUUGUGAAUAUUUAAUAAUUAUUAAUAUUAAUAAAUAUAAUUACAUUAAAUACAUUUUUUAAAUUGUUGAGCACUUUUCUUAUAUGAUCCAUCAUGUUCUUUACACUAUAAAAGUAUAGAUAGAAUAACAAAAUAAAACAGAAUAAAGACAAGAAACAUUUCAUUGUCCAGUAAUGCAGGUAAAAUAGUUAAAUAAGGUUAAAGGGUUUAAAGUUUAAAAUUUUGAAUUUGGGUUUUAAAACUAGAUUUAGAAUAAGACAAAGGUGUAGAAACCCUGAUAAAGACUUAUUCUACAAAAUUGGAGCUGUAGCCACACAUGUCCUGCCUCCUCUUGUUUUAAAAUGUGUGGUUGGGACAGUGGAGAAGUCUUAUGUUGAGGAUUGAAGGGAGUGUGGUGGGGUGAAAGCUAAGGCACUACAUGAUCUACAGUAGUGAGCGUAUCACCCUUUACAGUGCUCAGAGUGUACCUAGGUCAUCUGCUGAAGCCUUUUCUGCUGGUUCCAGAGUCUAGAUUUAAAAACCUAGACUUCUCAGGUAAGGCUGCUAGACUCUGGAACAGCCUUCCUUUAAACUUUAGAACUACUGAAUCAGUGUCAGUGAUUAAAUGUCAUUUGAAAACUCA